UCUAGUCCAGCUCUCGCAAAAGCCAGGAUCGCUACAAUAUAUUGAAAGGCUUCGUUUAGCCACUUUCUUUUGAGACGUUGGCUCUCUUUGGUUACAAUACACAGUUAGAAUCAUACUGAAAAUAAAAACCAUCAUGAAAAAACAUAUAAAUAUAUUGAGCCAGAUAAAUUUGCAUCAGUACCAGUAAAAACUGACCAAGACAGUAGUUAAAAAUCUAAACGUAGAGCCCUGCGGUGUCACGCGCUGUCCAGUGUGGGUGGAGUUUAAGAUCGACAGUAUGUUUCUAUCAGUCAGAAGAAUUCCUUUACUGUUGCAGAACAGAAAGAUUAACGCUGCAAGUCAGAUACUGGCAAUGGAAAAGCCAUAUGUUUUAGCUAGUAAACCAGGAGGGAGAGAUGGGAUCUUUGAAGAGUUUGCAGCCAUCAUUGAGAAACACUUCACAAUCGUCUGUAAUGAAGAAUUCGUUAAAAGCAAUAAACAAUUUGCAGACAAGAUCGAAGCAGUGUUUGUGUGGUCCUGCUUGCCUAACACUGACCGAGGCCUUCUGCAGUCCUUGCCCAAUUUGAAGGUGGUUGUAAAUGGUGGUGUUGGAGUGGACCAUCUGGAUAUACCACUGAUCUCUAGCUUUGGGGUGAAAGUUGCCAACACUCCCAAUGUGGUGGACAAUGCAACAGCAGAUUUGGGUAUGACAUUAUUGCUGGCCUCUGCUCGGAGGCUUGUAGAUGGUUAUAAGAUUGCCAUGGCCCCUUCACAUGUACCUCAGAGUUUUAUGGGCUGUGAAGUCAGUGGUGCUACUCUUGGUAUUGUGGGGAUGGGCAGGAUUGGAUACAAGAUUGCCCAGAGAGCGCGAGGAUUUGAUAUGAAAGUUUUGUAUCAUAAUCGAAACAGAAGGACAGAAGAAGAGGAGAACACUGUGGGAGCCCAGUACUGCGAAAAGAUUGACGACCUUCUUCGAGAGUCUGACUUUGUGAUGCUGGCAGUUAAUCUGUCACCACAGACACACAAGCUAAUUGGAAAAAGAGAACUGAACCUAAUGAAACCCACUGGCACUCUUGUUAACAUCAGCAGAGGUCUUGUUGUGGACCAGGAUGCUCUCGUGGAAGCUCUUCAGAAGGGAGUGAUUCACGCUGCAGCUCUAGAUGUGACAUAUCCAGAACCCCUUCCCAGAGACCAUCCAUUGCUGAAGCUUCAGAACGUCCUUAUACUGCCUCACAUAGGAACCAGCACUUAUCAGACUACCCAAAACAUGGUGGAGAGAAUGGUUACCAACGCUCUGGCAGCUCUCAGUGGUAGCCCAGUACCUGAUGAGGUGAAGCCCUAAAGAAAGAUAUAAAAUAAAUAAAACACAUUGCCAUACAAGCAGUUGAUCGGAUUUGUAUUUUUGAUCAUAGUUUUAAUAAAUGUUUGUACAAUUUAAUAAUGUUUGUACAAUUGUGAUGGGGUACACCCCGCCUCUGUGUGUAUUUUGUAGUUAGUUUUAGUGCUUCACUGUAUAGUGUGUAAAAACAUGAUGUUUUGUUAAUAUUGUUUGCAGCCUAGAUGGGGUUAAAAUGCCCCAUCCAUUAUUGACAAACUGGCUGUUGACCACGCAUAUGAGAAAACCUGUGCCGAAUGUGGUCGAGGGGUAAUUAAUAGCUAGUUAAUCCCUCAGCCACAAUAUAAUGUCUGUUCUUCAGACAGCACCUGUAGAACUCCUAUUUUCCCUCUGGACACUUUAUCACUCUUCCUUAAUGCGCUUUACUUGCUCUUAUCUGCUCCCUGUUUUACUGCAUUUAAUCCUGUACUUCAGAGUACUGUAAUCUGUCACAAGUGUUAUUUAAUCUGUAGUAUUUUGUAUUUAAUUAUAUCCUGAUGUAACUAUCACUGACACUGUUAUCUGCUCUGUUAUUGAAUCGUAUUUUGUCAUAUACUUGUACUUGUUAGAACCGAAGUCAUUGUAUUUUAUCUUGCUCUUAAUUGUAUUAAUACUUGUACUGUGAUUCUUGAAAUGUAUUUUUGUUUACGACUGUAAGUCACCCUGGAUAAGGGCAUCUGCUAAGAAAUAAAUAAUAAUAAUAAUAAUAAUAAUAAUAAUAAUAAUAAUAAUCCUGCAGUUUUGGCUGAACAUGGUUAGUGUGUUUGGAGGUGGAACGAGAGUCGGGAGGUAAAGCAAAGUAAAGCUUAUUAAAUAUACAAUUCCUAUGCGUCCUGGUUAUACACCAGCACGAUACUUGUUUGUUUUGUUCUGUGUCUGUAUUGUUUGUUUAUUUUGGCCAUUGUGCUGUUUUGUUUUGUAUCAGUGUUUUGUUUUGUCUAAAUCUUUUAUUUGUUUAUUACAUCUACGCAUCAGUGCUUA